AUGUCUGGAUUUCCGUCGAGGCCUCUCCCAUCGCACAUGCGACAGCCGUCGCUCUCCGGCAGUGGCCAGUCUCCAGCUUUGGUGGCACGGGUGAAUGAGAAGAAAGCCGAGCUGGAAAAUCUCAAGGAGCUCCGUGAUCUCAGCACUGCAGUUGCUACGCAGAUGGAAGCACUUGAGCAGAAGCUUGCUACUCUUUCUGAUGGGACUGAAGCCAUUGCCUUGGUGUUGAGCAACUGGCAUAAUGUGCUCAGGGCGAUCAACAUGGCAUCGGCGAAACUCCCGAAGCCCAGCACAGGAACCGAGGAUGGGGAGAAGGUGCCUCUUCCCCAGACACUCGUGCGGAUCCCAACAGAACAUGCGCCUGCACUUCAAGCACACACCGACGCAGCUGCCGAGGACGAGUCCGGGUGA